AUGGGUGACCCAGCACCAGCAGAGACCCCUUUCCCGCUCACUGAGACGGACAAGGCGGUGCUGGCUCUCACGGACGAAGAGUUCAAACCGCACGAUUGGGAGGAUUUGAAGUCAACAAUCGGCUGGAGGUCUUCAAGCGCAAGCCGUCCGACCUGCGCCGGUAUAUGA